CAUCACACAACACACAACCUAGCUAGCUAGUACAAGGUAUUUGCUGCUGAUCAAUAUUGCACGCCCAAUUGAAGGUCGACGAGGAUUUCAAGCAUGGCGUCCAAGGGUCUCGUUGUGUUUGCUGUCCUGCUGCUUGCUGCGUCUUUCCUCGUGGCCACAGCUGAACAAACUCAGGCCAAGAAGGAGACCCAAGCCGGUGUUCAGGUCGGCUACGACGGCGGUGGUGGCAGUGGCGAUGGCAACGGGUAUGCUGGACACGCCGCCGGAGGCAUCCGCUGCUGCCGGCACAACUGCUACAGGCGUACUAGCUGCCGCUGCUGCACCCCCGACGAGAUCGCGGAGGAGGUCCGCCACUAAGUGCUAGAUGCAGCUACCUGCGUAGUAUAUAUAGGUACUAAUACUACCGUUGCUAGUUGCAAGCACAUAGUAACUACUCGUAUACAUGGUCAAUAAGACGAUAGGUGCAUGCAUGCAUGUAUGCACUCCCUCCGUUCCUAAAUGUAAGUCUUUCUAGAGAUUCCACUGGAUGGACUACAUACGGAGCAAAAUGAAUGAAUCCACACUUAAAAAGCAUCUAUAUACAUCCGUAUGUAGUUGAUAGUAGAAUCUCUACAAAAACUUACAUUUAAGAACGGAGGGAGUAUAUAUGUAUGUAUAGAUGUAUGUAUCUUAAUCCAAUACCAGGGCUUCGAUCUGGUCGUGUGUAAGCGUUGUGUUCCUUGCUCAAUGUACAGGCAACCCUCGUGUGUGCAUGUUAUAACAAAA